AUGCGGUCUGAUAGUAUAACCCAAAUGAUUACUGGUAAAAGAAGAUUUCAUAAUUAUUUUGCAAAACAUGCUUUAAGACAGGCUUUAAAAAAAGAAGAGAUAAAUUUUCACGAGUUGCACAAAAGAGUAUACGUUGGCGAUUCUUCCCUCAACGGAGUUGGUAUAUUCUCGUGUGACAAAAUAAAAAAAAAUGAAAUUAUUGAAAUAUGUCCAACAAUGAAAAUUAAAAAUGAAGAUAUUCCAGAAAAGUUAAUUAAUUAUUUAUUUGAGGGAAAACAAGAAAACAUGAACACACAAAUAGUGGAAAUCCUUAUCAAAAAAAAAGACGCUGUGAAUUAUAAGCUCUUUCCCUUGGGUUACGGGAUUUUAUACAACCACUCUGAUUCCCCCAAUGCCUCUGUUCAUAUAAUACCAAUGCAGGAGCACAGGGACGAGAAAAAUGAGACAAUUGCGUCCAACCAAAUAAUAAUGUUGCGCGCUCAAAGGGAUAUACAAGAAAACGAGGAAAUUUUCAUUUCUUAUGGACAUUCUUGGUGGAGCGUAAGUUAA